AUGCCCCUUUCGGGGUCUAACAAGGUGCCGGUGGUGCAGCCAUCCCACGCGGUCCACCCACUGACACCCCUCAUCACGUACAGCGACGAGCACUUCGCCCCCGGGCCGCACUCGGGCCACCACCCCCAGGACGUCAACUCCAAACAAGGCAUGCCAAGGCAUCAUCCAGGGCCUGACAUCCCCAACUUCUACCCCUUGUCCCCGGGCGGAGUUGGCCAGAUCACGCCUCCACUGGGAUGGUUUUCCCAUCACAUGGUCCCAGGCCCCCCCGGGCCCCACGCCACUGGCAUCCCCCACCCCGCUAUUGUGAACCCCCAGGUGAAGCAUGAACCACAGCACGACGGCGACCUAAUGCACAUGUUUUCCCAUCACAUGGUCCCAGGCCCCCCCGGGCCCCACGCCACUGGCAUCCCCCACCCCGCUAUUGUGAACCCCCAGUGGCACGCUUUAUCUCGGGAAGAGCAGGCUAAGUAUUAUGAAUUAGCCCGCAAGGAGCGACAGCUACAUAUGCAGCUCUACCCCGGCUGGUCCGCCAGGGACAAUUAUGGUAAGAAGAAGAAGCGAAAGAGGGAGAAGCUCCAGGAAUCGACCUCAGGUACAGGCCAGAGAAUGAAAACAGCUUACAUCUGACCAAUGGUAAGAAUCCCCCGUUUACGUUUCUGUGUAGCGUCAGCGAGAUGCUUUGUGGAAGGAGUGUCCGCCUCUGCACCGUGUAUCAAACGAGGCUCACACAAAGGCCCGUGCCUACACACACA